AUUCUUCUUAGUUUUGAGUAAAUCUCGCGAGAUUUGCCGUGUCUUCUCUCCACGCAGCUUUAACGUGUGUGUAAGUUAUCCAUCCUGGCUCCAGGUUGGCACUGAAGAUGGCAGAGGAUGGCAGUUAUCUCAACCCAGAGGAAAUCUCUUCCCAGCACAAUCUACCCAAUAUGGAUCAAAACGGAGCAGAUGGAUUCAGUUCUGCACCUGGAUCCUGUGGCCUUUCCGCCUCUCAGAGUGAGGUUCUGGAGCGCUGUCUGCAUACUCUCGCUCAUGCCAAGAAUGACAGCCACACUUUAGCAGCGCUACUCCUGAUCACUAGGUUGUGUCCAGCAGGCCAGCUAGAUAACGUGACUCUACACCGGAUUUUUGAAGCAGUGGGCUUGAAUCUGCCCGCACGCCUCCUGGUUACAGCAUUCCGUGGCAGUGACAGCUCCGGGUUGCCUCCGGAGGAGUUGAUCUCUCUGGGCACUGCUCUGCUGGCUGCCCUUAGCACAGACUCACAGAUGGCUGCUCAUCCACAGCUCCUCAGCACAAUCCCUCUGAUCCUAAACAUACUGGAGAAUGGACCCAACUGGACAGACACACAGCCACAAACACUGGGGGAGGAAUCCGAGAAGGACUCGCCAUCUCAAACCAUGCACACCAAUGAUGGUGGUCUCACAGCUACAAUUCCACAGACAAACCAGAGCUCUUCAUUGGACAAAGAAGCAUGCACCGAUUCCUCAAAAACAAGCAAUGCAGAUGGGCCAGAUCAAGCCUGUACAUCUAGGCUGGAUGAGGCUUUGGCACAUGACUGCUACCAAGUUCUCAACGCUGUGUGUGGUUUACCCCAAGGCAAAGAGCAGCUGCUUACCCGCAGUGUGGUUCCUGCUCUAUGCAGAGCCAUACUUAAGAAACAGACUCUUAGCUUUGAAAAAGGUCUUCCACUGCUGGGUCACCUCCUGUCUUCCAACAUAAGAGAGCGGGCUUGGACCAGACAUUCUUCUGAUCUUUUGUCACUCUUGGGUUCUGUCUCUCAGAACUUCUCCAGAGCUUCAGAUCAUGAUAAAUUAGCGAUGUGCUCUCAGAUACCGCAGUUCCUUCCUCCACCAGGGGCUGAAUCAGAAAACCAAGAGAUUAUGGAGAUUGUAGCUAAUCUAUGGGCUCCCCUGCGACCCUUGGUUCAGAGUAAACUUAGCAAAGAGCAGCUUGGCCCAGUUUUAGUAUUAUCUGCGUGCCUGUUGGAUCUACAUGGCUGGGAUUCUGUGGGAUCUCCUAAAUUCUGUUGCCUGCUGGUGAACCGGGCAUGUGUGGAGGUAAGAAUGGGUCUAGAAGAGCCGCCUGGCACUGAGCUUUCCCCCCAACUUCAGCACACACUUACUGCUUGCUAUCGCAUCAUGGAGGCUGCUAUGGAGCAAGCUUGCAGUCAGGGGGUGGUCCCAAAUCCUGCCCAACUACAGACAGCCAUUACUGGGCUGAGUCUUAAGCAGAGCAGGCAGAUCCUAGGGGUUCUGGAGGAAGCCUUCUCAGCAGUAAUCUAUUACCUGAAGCAGGCGGACCAGUCCCACCAUGAUGACCCAUUUCUGUUUGCCACGUUCCGCUCCCUCUGUGCUUGGCUUGCUGAAGAAACCUCAUGUCUCAAAGAGGAUGUUAUUGGCCUCCUGCCUUUUCUCAUUGGCUAUGCCAAAUAUCACUUCAUGGGAGGGAGAAUAGGCAAAGGGCUUGCUGACUGGAUGUCAAACAUGUCCAUCAACAACAGUUCCCAAGAUGGGACAUGGCCCAGUGAAGCUGCUUUGAGAUAUCUUCUCCCUGCGUUGUGUCAUCUCUCAGCUGAAGAUGGACCGAGGAAUGUUCUUCUUUCUCUGGAUACUCCAUCGUUGCUAGUUGAUUUUCUGAGCAAGGGUUGGGGGUCUACAAAAGGUCAGAGUCAGAAAAAAGGGACCGGAGACCCCAGUAUGGAAACAACGUGUUCUGCUUUACUCAACUUUGUCAUCACUGAGCCAGAACGUGUCAGGAGCGAUCCUUGUUUUGUUGCUCUGGAGACCAUGCUGAGUGAGGCACUACCUGUUCUAAUUCAUAAGCCACGCCUCUUGGUAUUAGCAGCCAACUAUUGCACUUUGGGUCUCAUGAUUGGCAGACUGAAACCAGCUUCUUCAGACCCUGUAGAACCUGGUCAGCGUCGUUUCUUCUCCUCAGCUCUGUCUUUUCUCCUGAGUGCUAUGCAGGCUGGACAGGCUUCUAACCCGGCACGGAUCAGCGCUCUCUGGGAGGAACACUGGGAAGAGGCGGGAGAGCUCUGGAGGCUCAGUCUGCAAGCUCUGGGUGGCUGUGUUAGGGCUCAGCCCUGGAUAACCUCCUUGAUCAGGGAAGAAGUAUGGCUACAGAGCAUCUUCACUCUGCUGGGAUCCAGUGGAAAGCUCCCAGACCAACAGUCACAGGAUGCUCUGGAGGAAGUGCUGUGUGCCAUUGCUAAGCAAAGUCCUGUGUGCCGUCAUGACAUUAGUGUGUUGUUGAAGACUGCAGGCUGUGGAUCCCUUCAGUGUAUGCCUCAGCUAAGCAGAAUUUUGGUGGACUAACAUCUCUAUAAUUCUAUAAAAAGAUUGACAAAGCACAUAAUAUGUUGCCUGUUUGUCAUAAUAAACAUACAAAUUGUAAUGCUGUGGUCCUCUGUGGCCAAAGUGUAAACCAGAAUGUGGAAUAAAAAUAUUUUUGCUGUUCAAGUGAUUUAUUGCCAUUUUAUUCAUCAUAAUCUAUUGUACCUACUUGUAUUCGCAUCCACCU